AGUUGGGCUGAACACGGUAUAAAGCAUCUCACUCCGCGGCGAGCCACUCUUUAAAAGACCACUGCUACUCAAACUACUCCUCCCGCAACUGGAAGCAGGAAAAAAAGCCUCUACAUCACCUUCCAUCAUGAGCGAGAGACAAGGAUCUGGAGCAGCUGCUGGCAGCAACAAGACCACCGAAGGACAAGAUGAUUCCAAGAUGAAUGUCCCUGAGGACUUUGACAUCGACAUGGAAAACCCGGAGACUGAAAAGGCUGCGGUUGCCAUUCAGUCUCAGUUCAGGAAGUACCAGAAGAAGAAGCGCGUUGAGAAGUCCUAGUGAGCACCACGUUGCUGGCGAGAUGGCAGGUGGAAGUGACAUCACAGUGACGAUGGUGUGAUAUUUGCAUGUACACAAAUUCAUACCUUUUGGAACUCUAGGGGGGUUGGGA